UCUAAUUUCCUCCCAAGAAUGCUGUUUUCCUUUUUGUAAUCACACAUUUGGCUAUAUAUAUAUAUAUAUAUAUAAAGCACAAAGGUGAGGGGGAGGAGGAGAAUCGAUCGUCAAUCGUAACCAGACCUUACCCCAAUUUAGAGAGAGCUAUGGCACUGAAAGCAACUACCCAUAGGCUAAGUAAAUCGAAUUGGUUCGAUUAUUAUUCGAAAGGUCCCCGCACCACUUGCACUUGGGUGUGCUUGCAUUUAUUUUUCCAAUUGCUGUUCUCUGGCAUUGCCGCAUCGCACACCAUUGUCACCAGUCUACCGGGUUUUAGCGGUGAUCUCCCCUUUACACUUGAAACUGGAUACAUCAGUGUGGGUGAGCUGGACGAUGUGCAGCUAUUUUACUAUUUUGUGCAGUCUCAGAGGUCCCCUGCACAAGACCCUCUUAUGAUGUGGCUGACCGGAGGUCCUGGUUGUUCUGGUCUCGCAGCAUUAUUUUACGAGAGCGGUCCAUUAAAUUUCAACUACGAAAAUUACAAUGGAAGUGCACCAACGCUAUCCUUGAACGACUACGCGUGGACCCAGGCCCUCAAUAUGAUAUACAUUGAUGCCCCUGUUGGCACUGGAUUCUCUUAUUCAACUACUGCUGAAGGUUAUAUCAGCAACGACAGUAAAACAGUAGCACACCUAUAUCAAUUUUUAGGCAAGUGGUUGUUGGAUCACACUGAUUUCGCAUCAAACAAUAUCUACAUUGGUGGUGAGUCGUAUUCCGGCGUAACUGUACCUAUGCUUGUUCAAGAGAUAUCUGACGGUAUAAAAGCUGGGCAUUAUCCAUCCAUGAAUAUCAGGGGGUACGUGCUUGUGAACCCCAAGACUGACUCGUUUAUUGACAAUAAUGAAAGAAUCCCAUAUGCUUAUGGGAUGUCACUCAUAAGUAAAGAAAUUUAUGAGGCCACCAAAGAAAGUUGCAAUGGAGACUAUGUGAACACUGAUUCAAGCAGUGAAGAUUGUUUGUCAGAUUUGGCUAUUAUUGAAGAGCUGCUCAGUGAAAUCAAUUUGCUGCAAAUUUUGGAACCUUCUUGUUCCGCUAUAUCCUUAGAAUCUAGAAAAACCAAAGGGAAUCGAAGAUUUCUCAGAGAGGAAUCCAAAAAUGUCAUCCUUUCACAGCCUAGAAGUUCUGCAAAUUGGUGUCGGGAUUAUACUUAUAUUCCCCUUGGAGUCUGGGCAAAUGAGAUAGCAGUUCAAGAAGCUCUUAACGUUCGAAAUGGAACAGUAGAAUUUUGGACGAAAUGCAACAGCAGCAUAGAAUACACUAAUGACGUCACAAGUACUAUUGAAUAUCACCGGAAUCUUACUUCUACCGGCUUACGAGCUCUAAUAUUCAGCGGGGAUCAUGACCUGUCCAUUCCAAGCAUUGCAACACAAGAAUGGAUAGCCUCUCUAAAUAUAACUUUGGAACAAAGUUGGCGAUCAUGGUCUAACAACGGUCAAACUGCUGGAUACACAAAGAAGUAUUCAAGUGGUGAUUUCAGUUUGACAUAUGCAACUGUAAAGGGUGCUGGUCACAUUGCUCCGGAGUACAAACCUGAGGAGUGUUACGUGAUGAUGGAUAGAUGGUUGGCUUAUUACCCACUUUAACGUUCCACUAUUGCCUGUUGGUGAUAGAUUUUGUAUUAGUAUUAGCAAGUGAUAUUCGAGCAGGAUACAUUAAUUGCUCUAAAUAAAGUAUUUGAUUACCUUAAUUUUUGCAAUGUUUAACAAAGGGAUAAUUCCUAAUAAAAAUAGAAUUAUGAUGCCUUAGGCUAAAA